AUGACAGAGGAACUGGAUCUCCCGGGACAGGACUCUGAUGGGGGUAGUGAGGAGGUGGUCCUAACUCCUGCAGAGCUCAUUGAAAGGCUGGAGCAGGCUUGGAUGAAUGAAAAGUUUGCUCCUGACCUUCUGGAAAGCAAGCCUGAAAUUGUAGAAUGUGUCAUGGAGCAGCUAGACCACAUGGAAGAAAAUCUCAGGAGAGCAAAGAAGGGGGACCUGAAGAUCAGUAUCCAUCGAAUGGAGAUGGAGAGGAUCCGCUAUGUCCUUAGCAGCUACUUGAGGUGUCGGCUCAUGAAGAUAGAGAAGUUUUUUCCUCAUGUCCUUGAAAAGGAGAAAACACGGCAUGAGGAGGAGCCUUCCAGCCUUUCUCCGGAAGAGUUUGCCUUUGCCAAAGAGUACAUGGCAAACACAGAGACCUAUCUAAGGAAUGUAGCCUUAAAGCAUAUGCCUCCCAACUUACAGAAAGUGGACCUCUUGAGGUCAGUUCCCAAACCGGAUCUGGAUUCAUAUGUAUUUUUGAGAGUGAAAGAAAGACAAGAAAACAUCCUGGUAGAACCAGAAACAGAUGAGCAGAGGGACUAUGUGAUUGACUUGGAGGAAGGCUCGCAGCACUUGAUCCGCUAUAAAACCAUUGCACCUCUAGUUGCUUCUGGAGCUGUACAGCUAAUUUAA